AUGUCUAGGAGACCGCCGACGGUGCGGAGUUCCGUUCAAGCGGAGACGGACAUCGGGUUCAUCCGAGUCCGAUCAUCAGCACAAGUUCAGGUACAGCCGAUUGUCAGCAGUUUAUUUCAAAUUGACGUAGGACCCGCUUUGAACAGGCCAUUCUCAGAGAUUCAGUAGUUUGUUGAUUUUGUGUUGCAAUUCAUUGCUUUUUAUCUCGAAUUAUUGUUGCUAUUGUUAUUGUUAUUCGUUUCUCCUUUCUAUGUCUUAAUUUUCGUUUAUGCGUCUUUCACAUUUUCAUAAUCUGUCUACCUGAUAUCUCAUACCUAACUACUUCUUCAGCCUAAUCAUUACCUCGUAUUCAAACUUGAAAAAAAAGUUGCUUUACUUGUCUUAUUCAUGUCCUCAACAGCGUUAAUUCGCAUUUAUACUUUAAUUCUUGAAAUUUCGCAUUUUCUAUGUUUUCAACUUCCAUCCAGGGUCCACAUCUUCAUUCUUCAACUGCUGACACUAUAACAACCAAGUGAGUUUAACUUCAUUGCUCACAUGGGAGAGGGGCGCGGCAUACAUGCUGCGUAUGUACGCCAGCGGACGGAGACAUGCCGUACUGUAUGUACGCCAAUUUUUAGAGGCGAUUUUUGUCGAAAUGUGUAACUGUUCUCGAAAGCGUAGUUUUGGCCGCUAAACACACUCGUUUGUUGUUCGGAAAGAAUAAACCUAAUGUUGGCAUGUCUAAUUGGAAAUAGAAACAAGAUAUCAUAGAAAAUGUGAAACUGACAAGAGCCGACUGUUUUUGGAACAAAAUCGGUCUUUACGAAGCAUGCUGCAUGCUAUGCAUUUUCUGUUUUUUUCGCUUGUUAGCUUGUAUUUCAUAAAAACCAAAAAAUGGAUUCAAAGCGCUGGCAUACGCUGUUUCCUCAUUUAAAAUCGCUGACUAUGAGUCACUCAUUUCUUUAACUUUUUUGGUCUAUUCUAUGUUUCUAACGUUUUUUCAUGUGAUUUUUCAAUUAUUUCACCGUAACUGUUGUAUUAUUUUCAGCUACCUCAAGCUUCGAUCUGUUCGGAACAAAAAAUGCUCGAAUACAUCAGGUUCUUGGAAACAGUUGUGUGUGCCGUCUACGAGAUUCGGACCGAAAUUGGUCCAUGAAAGGUGAAUUUCAUGACUUCUAUUUUUUUAACUUGAAAAUUUGAAGAAUCAGCAACAAUGAAAACUAUCGAACACCCAAAAGUUGCGGAGAAGUUUUUGGACUUGGAUCGAAGAAUACUGACGCCAAGUUUCAGCUCGAUUGGACUAUCCGAUCCCGAGAUAUGUGGAUCAUAGGCCGACAUUGCCCGAAAGCCCGGGCUUUUCGACUAAUUUUUCCAAGUGUGCCUUCAAAAUUAGGCAGACUAUAACAGAUAGCAAAUACGCAUUUUUUGGAAAAAAUCGUUCAUAGAAAUCAUAUUUUUUGCCGAGGUUCAGCAGUGUAGCAAAUUUUCGUCUGGUUUAAUUUAAUUUGCAUGUCUGGUUUUGUACAUAUUUUGUAUUGUUUGCAGUUAUUUGAAUAAAUUCUAUAACUUUCUGAAGUUCCCAUUGAAUAUUCACUUUCAAAAAACUAGUAUUCAUCCUAGAAGAACACAGCACGAGAACAUGGCACCAAAAACUGACAAUUAUUGCACACACUUCUCUCACCAGCACCUAUAAUUUGGCUCAAUUAUAGUCCUAUUCUGCUUUUCCCUCACUUCACUUCGUCUCGUUAGACCGAUCAAACCAAUUUAUAUUCAAUCCAGAAUGUUCGAAGGCGUGUGCACUGAUGAACUUCGCGAGUACAUCCAGUCCUCGAUGUCUUUCUGGGCAACAAUCCUGAAAAUAUUUCAAGCAUUGUGCUGUUUUGCUGGUCUCUGUAUCUCUCGAACCAAUAUGAACUUGAUUUCUAAGAUUUACACGCCAUGGAGCACUAAGGUGAGAAUCUUCAUAUUCUAUUUGUAUAUGUUUUUAAAACUGAACCUUUUUCAGGUGCUCUUCUACAUGCACACGUUCGCUCUCUGGAACUAUGUAAUCUUUUUCGUUGGAACACAGGUAAGCUCCAUUAUUUAAGAUCAAGUUCAAUCAAGUGCAUAUUCAGAUCUACCACUUUGCCUCAAGAGUUCUAUACAAAGAUUGUGAACUUCUGACGGCUGCCAAGUAUUGCAUCUUCUCGAGAAUCAGUCAGUCGUGGUCGACAGUCUGUAAGUAUAAAUACAAUAUUUUAAUUUAUAUCCUUAUUUGCUCACUUUUACAGUCUUCCACUACUUCACAGCCGGAAUACUGAUAGAUAAAUGGAUGGCUUCUCGAUUCAGAUGUUAUCGUGAGAAUGAACGGCUCUUCUAUAUCGUGGCAACAGCAACGGUUUGAGAAAAACUAA